AUGCCGUACUACAGUAGAAAACCUGCGCCCAUCUCGUUAGAGACGGCACUGGAGGAAGAACGACGAGAGUUACUGCGGGAGUCGGGCGAAGGCAACCACACUAAUUCCUCCUGGUACCCGCGCCGGAGCAUGCUGGACAUCGCGCCCAGUCCAGGCUUUGUCCCUCCCCGGCAUGGCUCCAUCGCCGGGAUUGGAGUGGGCGUGACUUCCCCCUCGGGCCGCAAUUAUCACCAUCACUACAAUUCUUAUCCCGCUGCCAAUACUACUACUACCUCUGCUCCCCGCCGCUCCUCGACCCCCACCACUUCUACUGCACCAUCUCCCACCACUUCCACUAAACCUCCUCCCCAUCCUCCCUCUUCGUCCACUUCGUCCAUUUCGCCCUCGACAUCACCUACGACCACCACGACGACCGCAACCUCCCCUCCGCCGCCCAGGACCACUUCUUUGGUGGCUCCUCCGUUACCACCGGCACCGAGGAAAUCCUCCGUUCAGUCCGACGGCGGCGACAAGUCCGGAGGCCCCCAAGCCGCAACCACAACCACGCACAAAUCAGGCCCUAGCAUUCGCUGGGAUUCCUCUCUCGAUAUGCCUCCUAGCGCCCGCCGUGCCAGUCAAUCUCAGGAGAAGCCUCCUGCUGCUUCCUCCUCGAAUCGUCUGCCAAGCAUGGCCGCCGUGAUGUCAGGCCUCGACAUCAAGGUUGGGUUCCCGAGCUUUGUCAGAGGUCGGGACUCUGGCCGCAGUUCCUCAUCACGAGGCAACUCGCUUGACUCGCGAGCUCCGGCGCUCCGCUCGACCCGCUCCAGUUCGCCAAAGCGUCGCUGGCUGAGCCCCGGUUCACGUAAUCAGUCGGUCGAGGCGGCAAAGCCUAUACUUGAAAGCCCGAAGGAGAGCCCGACUGAGAACCCGAUGGAAAAGUUGAAAGAGAGUAAAGAGUCACCUAAGGAGAAACAGGCAGAGAAGAAGCCUACAGAAAGCACUAAAGAACCGCUGAAAGCGAUCCCCAACGAGAAGCCAAAAGAGAGCGUGACGAUUGACAGCGCCCCGAAGGUCUCUCCCCCUCCGACCCCUCCAGCAACAUCCCAGCCAACGGUCCAGCCUCCACCAGCUCUUCAAUCCCCUCGGGAGGCGGAUGCUAAUUCCUCAGCGCCCGGAGAGCAGCGGCUCGAAAAGGACCAUUACGACAGCGAAAACAAUCCGAUCGAGACUAGUGAUGAGGACGGUGACGAAUUGUCUUCUAGCGACGAUGAGAGCCCGGACCGCGAGUCGGAAGAGAACAAACGAGGGCGGAAAGAGACAGUCGACCAUGAACCUGCCCGGAUCGCUCCGCGCACGACAACAAAGACGGCUCCAGAAUUUCACCCCAGUAACAACUCUACCGGCAAGUCUGAGUUCAUUCAUUCAGCCAAGACAGGCCCCAUCUCGAAGCCUGAUGUCCGCCCCCGAACGAGCUACGACUCCGCCUCAGCGACCAACACCCCCUUUGGCUCCGAGGACGAGGCAGAGUUGUGCGACAUUAAACGCGCUCAGAAACUCAGCAUUGAAAUGUCUGCGAUCGAUAGUUCGGUGCACAACCGAUCAAUCCGGACGAUCAUCCGCGGCGACUAUCCCAGCAUACGCGAAGAGGAAGGCGCUCGUCGCCGCCAGCGCAAGUACCUAGUGACGACGGAUCUCAGUGAGGAAUCGGUGUAUGCUUUGGAAUGGACGAUUGGUACCAUUCUGCGGGAUGGCGAUACGAUGUUCGCGGUCUGUGCCAUGCAUGACGAGACCGCUACUCCGGCAGCCGUGCAGAUUGGGGAUGGAGCCAAAGCCAUGCAGGAUGCUGCCGCGGUGGUCGGCUCGCAGACGGCCGAGACGGCGGCGAAAUCCCAGAAUGACUCCAGCUCGCACUUACCUCGGACCUUCUUCAACCGCCUGGGGACCGGCACGGACAGCAAACCCGGCUCGGUCGAUGCACGAGGCAUGUCCAAGGCGGAAUCCGAGCGCGUACGGGCGGUGGAGGUCAUUUCGCAGACGUGCGUGCGUCUCUUGCGAAAGACGCUACUGCAGGUGCGCGUGGCGGUUGAGGUAAUUCAUUGCAAGAGCCCGAAGCACAUGAUCACCGAAGCCAUUGAUGGAUUGGAUCCUACGCUAGUAAUUGUUGGUGCCAGAGGACGAAGUGCACUAAAAGGAGUGGUCCUCGGAUCGUUUUCGAAUUACCUGGUCAUGCACUCAUCCGUACCGGUGAUGGUGGCCCGCAAGAAGCUGAAGAAACAAACCAAAAACAAAAAGAUGAACGUCCGUCUGUCCAACAAUCUAACGACGCCCAAGAAGCUGGCGUUGGCCAAAGUGGACUGA